AUGGAAACACCCCUGACACAACAAACAAGGCCAGAUUCCUUUGAGCCCAAAAUCAUCCAGCUCUAUCUCCACCUCUUCAAUGUUCUCGCAAACGAGGAUGCCGAUGACUCGGUCCCUUCUGAAGGGUUUUGGCGGGAGUUCUUCCUCCUCAGGCCCGACAAACAGCGACUCUAUGACAUUCUCGAGCCCAUGACAGCUUUUGAUCUGUUCCAUAUGCAAGCUCAGAUGAGGGUAUUCUUCAAGCGUGCCAUAGCUGAAGCAGGCUCAGGAGAUCCCCCACGCAAUGAAAAUGCCCUAGACAACCUGACGGCUUUCCUGUGCGCUGUCUUCACCAAGAAGUACACCAAUCCCAACACCGACGUCAUCGAAGUACUUUCCGGGCUGGACACGAUUGAUAGGUUGAUGUCUGACCUUGUCCAUAUCCUUGAAACAACCAUCCGCCAGGCGGAUAAAGAUUCGUUGCGGAGCAAAGCACUUGAUACCGCCCUCGCACUGGUUGCUGGCGGAUUCCAUACAAGUCUCGUUACCUAUUUCAUGCACCGUGAUCUGUUCUCGGCGCUGAUGAAGUAUGUCCACGAUAUCCCCGAAUCUCCAACCACCGCCCUCAAAGCAUCUAUUGUCAUCGGUAUAUUGUCCAGUUACAACAAAUUUGAAGCUCAGAAUGUGUACCAGAACCGGUUGGAGGAUUUCGUCAACGAGGAAACAAUUCGACUUCUGGUUCGCAAUUUCGCCACAGCAUGUUUAGCUAUACGUGAGCAAUACGUGUUUGUUCAAGAUGAUUAUCCUGCACCGUGGAGUUUGAACUCGACACUUGUCAUGGUGGGACUGCGGGCGUUGUCAACUGACGCAAAGAAACCAGCGCCUCCCUCGGAGGAGGAAGCCAAGGGUUUACUCCUUUCUCUGCCAGGGGAAGAUGCGGCUUGUGUCCUUUCGCUGUACUCUUUCACCCAAGCAAAUAAAUUGUUUGCCGCAAAUCUUUUGAAUCUACCAGCCGACAAAGAUAGGGAGACCCCAUUUUCUUCAUUCUUGUCGAUGACCUCGUAUAUCUCACAUCAUGCCUACCGCGGACCACGACAAUCGACAUACGCCAUCUUGAGCCUACUCUCCAUCAGGAUAAUCGUGGAAGACCCUGUUCUGGCCAAAAGACUUUGCUCGGCUGAUUCUAAGGCCUUAUUUCGAUUAUGUCGACAAAGGCCACCCCACCUUCCAUUAGUCACGUCUACCAGGAUCCCGGCGACUGCCAUACUGGAUGUAUGUACAGAUAUUCUCAGCCACAAUCUGAGAAAGAGACUGGACGUGCGGCUGUACAGCCUUGCCUUGGGUAUCAUCUUACGGAUAAUUACCCAUCUUGAACAGACCAAGACGCGUCUUCAGCAUCAUUGGGCAUACAUUUGGGGCUCGCUCUUAUCACUCAUGCGAUUCCUGACGCAGUAUGCUAGCGACCUCAAACAUGUCAGAGACAUUCGGGGAGAUUUGUGUGCGACGCUUGCGAGUCUUGCUGCAUUCUGUUUGUCAAAGGGUGACGGAUUUUUGCCUGAUCCCUCCAGUUUUGACGACUUCUUCUACAAGCUCAUCGAGGCGAACGAUGUUCUGCACAGGUUCAAACAAGCAUAUUGCGAUGGAGGCUCCCAGUCCGAGAGCUUGAAGCGAUCGGUUGAGGCACUGAUUAGUGUCUCAUCUCAUUACCAUGAAUUGUUGAAAGUACAACAUGGCAAGAAGACGCAUCAGUCACCGGCAGCAAUUCAAAAGGUCAUCAAAGAAGGCUAUGAAACGUUGAAUCUGGAAGCUGAUGAAGGGUUUGGCCAGUGGGACAAGUGGCGUGAGAGCAAUUGGAAAGCCGAAGUGAAAAAGAUGAUCAGAGUUGCGGUUGAAGACUCCAGAAUCUUUGCGCUAAGGUGA